UCUUGUCUUUUUGCCACGAUAUCAUAAGUUUUGUUCAUCGCCAAACUAAAGUUUCUGGAGGAGGUCUCUCCCCUGAACGCCGCCUGUGACAGCUUCACUACUGAAAGUGCUGAUUCUGUCAGACAGUCAAACCGGGCUAAAAAUCUGAGAACAGGCAAUAGCUCAAACCAUGAAGCCAAAGCUUGGGGACUUGAUCGAAAUCUUCCGUACAAACGUUUCGGGUGUGCGAGUGCCACUGCUAGAUUAUCAGCACUGGGCUGUGUACGUUGGAGAUGGAUACGUUGUUCACCUGGUGAACCUCGGCUCAGACAGCUUCUCCAGCUCGUCCAACUCGUCCAAGCCACAAACAAAAUCUAAGGGUUGCAAAGGCAAAGUAAAGAGACAAAAACUCAAGGAUGUGGCAGGCAAUGACGAGUGGCGCGUAAAUAACAAACUGGACAACAAACGCAGUCCUCGGCCAGCCCAGGAAAUUGUGAAGGAGGCCCUUUCCUUGGUGGGUCAGGACAUGAAUUACGAUGUCACCAAGUGGAAUUGUGAGCACUUUGUCAACAAGCUACGAUAUGGCAUACGCAGAUCUUGGCAGGUGCUAAAGUAUACAUUAGUAGUAGGAGCAGGAUAUGUGGGAGGAGCAGCAGGAACAUUACUAGGACCAUUGGGGACAGUGGGAGGAGCAGCCGGCGCAGCGGUUUACACCAAGGCUUUGCUGGAUAAACUGGACUAGAUAACUUCCUCAGUGUCGUCCUCCUCCUGAACUUAUUUCUCCGUCAGUUGCCUACUCAAUGAAAUACAUGAAAUAAAUUGAAAAAUAUCUUGUAA